AAAGGUAGAUUGAGCGAGUGAACAGGGUUCAUCCAGCGGUGAACUGGAGCAAAGCUUCACCGCACAGCUGACGCAUUUUCACGCUCCAAUGGAUCUGACUUGCCGGGAAAACGUGCAUUUCUCCCAAAAUGAUAAGGAGUCGGUAGGCCCUGUCCUUGCUGCCUGCGACCCGGUUCUGCUCAGAGACCCCCGGGUGUGGAGAAACCUGGAGGUCUUAGAGCAAAGCUGCACCAUUUCAGGCUCGUAUUUUGGCACCGUGCAGAAAGAAGUGCAGCCGCGAAUGAGAAAAAUCCUGACCAUGUGGAUGCUAAAGGUGUGUGAGGAUCAGAGGUGUGAGCAUGAGGUGUUUUUGCUGGCAGCUCAGUUUGUGGACAGGUACAUGGCUCAGUAUCCCAUGGACGUAUCCAAUCUGCAGCUGCUCGGUGCCGUCUGCAUUUUCCUCGCCUCCAAAAUCAGAGACACGUCUCCUCUGAGUGCCACGAAGCUCUGCCUCUACUCCGACAACACCUUCUCCAUUAUGGAACUCCUGGAGUGGGAGAUCGAGAUUGUGUCUAGGCUGAACUGGGAUUUGGCCUCAGUGCUGCCCUCAGACUACCUGGAUCCCCUACAUCACAGCCUUCCCAUAAUUCCUCAUGACAUCUCAGCUCUCCUCAGACACACACACUCAUACAUUGCUUUAAGUGCUACAGAGUUUACAUUUUCUACAUACCGUCCCUCCGUUAUUGCCUGUAGCUGUAUAGCUGCUGCUAUUCAGCAUCUGAACCUGCUGGAUGGCGGCCUGUCAUGCGAAACUCUCCUGCAGCUCAUGGCUAGCACCCUAGACAGCGACCUGGUGUCCCUGUGUAACUGUUAUACCGCCUUAGAGGAGAUUCUGACUACAAACUUGCCCCUAGACUUGUGUGUUUCAUCUGCUCGUGAGGUCAGCAAAUCACCUGUUGAUUUCGAGGGAGUCCGAGUGUCACCUCAGACCUUUACUCACCUCUAAACCAAAACCUCUGUAUAAAAUGUGUUGUUUUAAAAAGUUUUUUGUGUAUGUUAAAGUGCAUGUUUUUUUGCAUGGUGUUCAGAUAUUACAUUUUUACCUAAAUAAUAAAGAAUCGAUCUGUUCAGUUCA